AGCAACUGCAUCCAGCUCAGGCGCAGGCUCAGGCUCAAGCGCAGGCGCAAGCAGCCAUGUCGCAUUAUGGGCCCAGUUAUCGCAGCGGCUACGGCAGCAGCUAUAAUCCCUAUGGCUAUGGCUAUGCAGGAUCUGGAGCAGGCGCCCAGUAUAUGCCCAACUAUUAUCGCUAUGCUCCCUACGCUUCGCCACACUACAGUCAACCGCCGCAUCCGCAUCCGCAUUCACACCCACAUCCGCAUCCUCAUUCUCAUGCGCAUCCACAUCAGCAUCCGGGCAUGUUCACGCCGGCGGGACAGCAGCUGAUACCCUCCAGUGUGCUGCACUAUCCACCACGCUCACAUGCCCAUCAGCCGUCGCAUCUUCAGCCUCAUCCGCAUUCCCAUCACGCUUAUUCCCAGCAGCAACAAUUGCCGCCAAGUGGCAGCAACUAUGAGCAACCUGCACCUGCACCUUACAGUGCUUCCUCCUAUGGACAGUCACGUGGCUUCGCGGCCUAUCAACCCACGUCCGCACAUUAUGCGCCGCCGGGACGCUCCACAACUCCAGCGCCCAAUCGCACAGUGUUGCCACCAAAUUAUCUGGAGCCAAUGAGAGGCAACUUUGCCGAGCAGCAACAGCAGCUGCCACAGGGGACGCCUAAGCUGGAGGAAUCCUUGCCAGAGCAGCCCAAGCUGGAGCACGAAAUGGAGGCUGCUUCGCCGGCACAGCGGUUGACCACAUCGCCGCCACUUAUCAGUGCCACAGGCACCGACAGUGGCAUCAGCAAUUGCAGCACGCGUGCAAGGAGCGACAGCAGUCAGAGUACUCCCAUCUACAGUGGCGAGUAUCCUGUGAAUAUGUCUGUGGAGUCUGCCUCCUGUGUCUCCUAUCAUUGUCCCGCUGAUGGCAGGGACUACGAGGAGGAGCAACAACAGCAGCAGCAACAGCAACAGCAACAACAGCAACACUCGCAGAAACAGCAACAGGAAUCGGAGGAGCACAAGGGAGCAAGUGUAUCCACUUCUCUCGACUUGAACGAUGACAUAAGCGCGACAGCAGCGCCGUCGACGUCGACGUCGGCGUCAGCGUCAACACCAACAGCGAGCAUUGUAAAAGAUAUUGAUAAGGUGGCAACGGAGGCAACAUCAACGACUGCGGCAGGCGAGGAGCAGCCGGAAGUUGUGAGGCGUGCGGAAACCAAUUUGGCAAAACCCAACAAGGAAUCAGCAGUAACAACAACAACAACAACAAAAUUACCGCCACAGGAUAUUGCUGAGCAGGAACAGCAGCCAACAACUAAUCAAAUAAUAAACGAGGAUGCAACAGAACAUGGGCAGCAGCCGCCAGCAGCAGAAGCGGCAGCAACGACAUCGCACAACUGGAGUCCAACGCCGCGUAGACCGCGCACUCCGCCCGCGCCACAGAACUCACCCGUGGGCUAUGGCCUAUCCGCGUCAGCAAUACCACCCACUGUGCCACCUGCGUUGGCGCCACUGUUACAACAGCAGCAGCAGCAGCAACAGCAGUGGCAACAGCAGCUACAACAGCAACAAAACUACAACAUAAACAACAUACACAACAGCAGUGGCAACAAUCGUAUCAUUGAGUGCGAUCUCAUACCGAGCAAGAAAUCAAAACGCAAGGCUAGCAAAAAGGAGGCUGAGUCGGAGCAUGUGGAUGCUACGGAAUCCACAGUACGCGAGCAGAUAAGGGACAUUAAGCCGUUGCCUGGAUUUCUGCAGGCCUUUGGUUCCACCGAAAUUGGACGCUUCUCGGAGCGUUUUCUGCAAACGCCCGAGAGUCUGGUCGAGCGUCUGGCCGAGGAGUACGCGAGCAGCAACAGUGGCAGUCAUUCCGGUGGCUACUACGAUGCCGCAUCGAGUGGUGGCAUGCACGGCUACUGGCCUUACGAGGAGCAGCACAACAUGAGCUAUCAGAGCCAUCAGAUGUCACGCAAUCGAAUGCGGGGCCAAAGUUAUCCCUAUCCGGACUAUGCGGCGUAUGAGCGAUAUGGUUAUGCGGCAUACAAUGCGGGCAGAUCGCGUUAUGGGGAAAUACGUUGCAAUGGCUAUUAGAAAUUAUAUAUUAGAUAAUACUUAGACAUAGUUGGUAAGGGUAUUUGCAUACACAUUAUGUAGUUCGUGUCCUUGUCGUUUGUCAUUUAAAAAUUCUCUCUGUGUGUGCCUUUUUCGGUCAAAAUUCGGCAAUGCUCACCAGAUGUUAAGUAUUUUUCGGGCAUUGCUGUCAUUGAUUGCGUUCAAAAUUCAAUAUACUCGUAUAGAAACACAAAAAGAAGACAAAAAGAAAACCAGGCCAAAAUGUAAAAUAAUCUUUAGAUUAAGUAGUUGAAUGUUUAUAAAUCGAAUCGCGUUUUAAAA